AUGGAUGAAGUAAACAAAGGAAUAACUUCGGUUCGCAAAACAAUCGAGGUUGUCAAUGAUGUUAAGGAGCGCGAAAACAACGUCGUACUCUUUAAUUUUCCUGAGGAUGAGACUGUGGUCAAGGAUAGAGAUAAUGUUACGGGUUUCUUGAUUUCGUUGUCGGAUAAUGCGCUGAAGAAGGAAGAGAUUGUGGAAAUAAAUAGACAAGGCAGCAGGCUUGACUCAGCUACUUCACCGCGUCCAAUAAUAGUUAAAUUCAUCAAUACGGCAGUUAAGUCACUGAUUAUGAAAAAGCUUUUUGAAAUCAAGUUGUUGGAUGCGAACAUGAAGAGUGUUAAGAGGAUCGGCAGGCCGGUGGAGGAUUAUAAAAUAUCCGAAACCUGCAUCAAAUCAUACUUAAACCUGGGUUUACUAAAUAUAAGGUCAAUACGUUCUAAAUAUGAUGCGGUUUAUGAGUUGCUGUCUAAUGGUAUGGACGUAUUCGUAUUGAAUGAGACAUGGUACAGUUCAUCUAAUGAUUUAACGGUAAGACUGUCAAAGCCUGAAGAAUUUGAUUAUGUUGACUGCGUGCGACCUCUGGACCCAGGAGCACUUGUGUGGCUAGAGAUGCUGAGAAUUGGUAGUGUCGCUUCCGACAUGAUACGCACCGUUUUCAGGGUCGACAAGGAUGGUGUAGCUACGAGGCUUGUCUGCAGAGGACGAUGUCGUGAAGCUGGAUUGGUGAUGGCCAGUGUGAUGGGAGAAUUUAUGGUCAUUGGCACCGGCGAUGAAGACUAUACGUUGGAUUGA